GUGAUAACAAAAUUAGAUAACAGAAAAAUACACGAGUUGUGCAAAGCGGCUAUGAUUCACCAGUUUGAAAAUUGUCGGUAAAGUUUAACAAGUAAGUUAGGCUUUGUUUGAGAAAAAUUGGAUUUUUUUUGACAAUGUAUUUUAUACUUAAGCCAUAAUGUACUCAGGUACAAUUUUGCGCACGCACCUAAAACGUUUGUGUCGCACUUACUGUCAAUCGUCUUCGCUGGCCAAAAAUGACAGUAUUUACGAUAAAAUAGUCUACAGUUCCGUGUUGGACAGCAAGAAGCUGGUAAAAUAUUGGCGGGAUGUUAAAGUAAAACAAAAAUCGAGAAAAUUGGUUGCAAAUAGAUUUGACGUUGAACCCAUAUCGUUACAAUACUUGAACGAGUACACUGAAGAAGAUGCAGCAACAUCAAAUGAAACGGAAAGUGCGUCCCCAGCUAAGCCCUACGUGUUACCAUUCAGUAUUGUAAGCAAAUAUGAAAAAACAAUGAACGAUUCGACAGAGGACGGCCUAGUUGACAACAAUAUAAAUCAUGAUUAUGAAAUGGAACAGUGGGGUGCAAAACGUUGGAUGAGCGAUUACGAAUGCUACGAAGAACGAGAUCUAGACUGCGAGGAUAUUCUGCCUUCGUGGUCAUCUAAAUAUGGUACUCCUGAUCCAUUGAUUGAGAUUAGUGACGUACCGUGCGGAGGAUGCGGGGCUCAACUACAAUGUCAAAAUCCGUCUAUACCGGGAUAUUUGCCCAGUGAGUUGUUCUGCCAUUGCGAACCGGCUGACUUGAAGACAAUGGUGUGCCAACGAUGCCAUUUCAUGCAAAAAUACAAUACGGCUCUAGCAGUACAAGUGGAUCCGAUUGACUACCCUAAACUGUUGGCUCCGUUGAAAAGCAAGCGAGCUUUAAUUAUUUUAAUGGUUGACUUGACCGAUUUUCCAUGUAGCAUAUGGCCAAACAUCUGCAAUAUAAUUGGUAAAAAUAAGCCGAUCGUAGUGGUUGGUAACAAAAUUGACCUGCUGCCCGGCGAUUGUCCUGGUUGGAUAGAUAAUGUACAAAAAACAUUUGCUGAUAGUCUACCCAUGGAUAUCAAUGUUAAGCAUGUUGCUGUGGUUAGCGCCAAGACUGGAUUCGGCAUUGAAGAACUAAUAAACAAAUUACAUAGUAUUUGGCAAACCAAAGGAGAUGUUUAUUUGAUUGGGUGCACAAACGUCGGCAAAUCCACAAUGUUUAACACUCUAUUGCAGUCUGAUUAUUGUAGGACUAGGGCCGUGGAUUUGGUUCAAAGAGCUACGACAUCUCCUUGGCCUGGUACCACUCUCAAUCUACUCAAAUUUCCUAUAAUGCGACCGUCAAACUGGAGACUAUAUUUAAGGACUCAACGUUUAAUGCGGGAAAAGAAGCAACACAUAAUAGAAAAACAAUUGGAAAACGAUCAGAAGAGAUUAUCGAAAAUGAAAAUAAACAAUGUGCCUUCAAUUAUUGGUCGCCUUGGUCAAACAUUUUACAAGCCGAAAGGAGCUAGUCAUGAAAAUGAAAAAUUGGAUCCGUUUUCAUCGGAUUCCGCUAUAAUUGAUCCGAAUCGAGUUACUAGUAGCACAAUAGGAUUAGACGAUAAAGACCCCACGCUUGCUCACAGCAAAUGGUUGUACGACACUCCGGGCGUGGUUCAUCCGGAUCAAUCCAUCAACUUGCUUACAACCGAAGAGUUGAUGUUGUCAUUGCCUUCUGCUUCGAUUGAACCUAGAACGUAUUGUCUGAGAUCUAUGCAGACGCUAUUUAUCGGCGGGCUCGGACGUAUAGAUUGCUUGAAGACUGAAGCUAAGUUUGUGCGCUUCACGGUUUUCAGUGCUCGCACACUACCGAUUACUGUUUGUCAUACGAGUGACGCUGACGAGCUAUACACAACACUGCUAGGUUCCGAUCUAUUAGCCGUUCCAUGUGGUAGCAACGACAGGCUUUCCAAAUGGCCAGGUCUACAUUGUUACAAGAAAACCAUUGAACUUAGAGGGAUUAAUGAAAAAACUAGUUGUGCCGACAUUGUUUUGUCAUCGGCCGGAUGGGUUUCCGUGUCACCGUUUACGAAUGACGUAUGCAGCCUUCAGGCCUGGACACCCGAGAGAAGAGGCAUUUACGUACGCAUACCGUCGUUGUUGAAAUUUGCAGUAAACAACAGAGGACCGAGAAAAAAAUUCACUCCGACUUACCACCCAAAAAAAUGAAAUGCGAAUUACAUUUGAUAUUGUUACAUAAUAUAUUAAAAUAUAGUUUAAUAUUUUCUAUUAAUAAACCAACGGCCGUUUUUAUACAAUUGUAAAAAG